UAUGGCCAAAUUAAGAGCAAAACUAAGGUAUGUUGAAGAGAAAAGGGGCAAAGAAAACAACUGCUGACACUAAACAGAAAAAUUAGAAGGCUGGCGGCUAAUAGAAACAAAAAGUGCAAUGCUACCAGCAAAUAUUUCACAGAGGGUCAGUAUCAGAGAGGCUAAAAAGGGACUGAUGAUCAAUAGCAGGCGCAAACAACUUCACAAGUUUGUGAGCAUGUUCCUACAUCGGGAUGAUGUCUCAACUAUCAUAAAUGGCAAGUUUGCAGAGAUUCGUCGCAAGGGACAAAUUUAUAGAAAAAGAGUACUCACAGACACCUUGGCAAAACUCCAUCAACGCUUCCUUGUUGAACAUCCUGAGCAAACAGUGUCCAAAGCUCAGUUCAUUCGAUUGAGGCCAUUUUGGAUUAUUAGGCCUAAAGUUAAAGACAGAGAGACAUGUGCAUGUAAAAUGCACGAGAACAUUGGCUUUAAAUUAAAAAGAAUGCAAUAACUGGGUAUCAUUGAAACAUCAAGCCCAGAGGAUCUUGUGCAGUCCAGUGUGUGUGACACUGGCAACAUGUCCUGCAUGUACGGCAGAUGUCAAAAAUGCAUUGAAAAGACCUUUCCCACAUCCUUAGAUCCUCUUACUCAGGGGAACACUGUCAUCUGGCAAGAGUGGGUCACAAGGUCUGUCACUGUAACAAAGACCCUCAAGGAUGGAUCUAACAGAGGAAAGGCAGACAAAGAAAAUGGUCCUUGAAAAACGUACCUCAUCCAUUGAGCGGUUGCUGGGCCUAACAACAGAACACCUUCCAGAUUUUGCCAUUCACAUGUUUAAUGUCAAGAACCAAUAUUUGUCAUUAAAAGCAAUGAAAGAUACCCUGACAGAUGAUGCUGUUGCUGUGCAUGUAGAUUACAGCGAAAAUUACAGCUGCAAAUAUGCCAAAGAAAUCAAGGAUACCCAUUUUGGAACUGGGAAUGAUCAGGUAACCCUCCACACCAGGGUACUCUAUCUCAGUAGGGGCAGAGUGGAAGCCUUUGCAUCCCUCUCAUCAUCUCUACAGCACGAUGCAGUGGCAACCAGGGCUCAUCUUGACCCAGUGCUGAGAUACAUACGAGGAAAGUAUCCUGAAGUCCACAACCUACAUUUCAUUUCAGAUGGCCCAACUUCCCAGUAUAGAAACAAAACAUCUUUCUAUCUAGCCUCCACUGUGCCCUUUAUGCAUGGAUUUGAAUGGGUGACCUGGAACUAUACUGAGGCAUCACAUGGCAAAGGUACACCAGAUGGAGUUGGUGGGGCCUUGAAGAAUCUUGCGGACAGAAUCGUUUCUUAUGGGACCAGUAUUCCUGAUGCAGACUCUCUGUAUGAGCAGCUGAAGAACAAUUCAUCAGUGACUCUGUACAAAGUAUCAGAGGAGAAAAUAAAGGCCAGCCGCGAAUUGGUUCCCCCCAACCUGAAAGCAGUUCCUGGGACACUGAAAAUACACCAACUGACAUCCACAAAACCAGGAGUCAAAAAUACACGGGAGUAG